AUGGCUUCCAUCCGCGUGCUGUCGUUCGAUGCUGAGGGCCGCCCUGUGCGGUUCACCGCUUGGCUAGAUGACCUGCAGCUGUUCCUCCUGAGCGAUAGCAAGGAGCAUGUGUCGCUCUAUGAUUACGCGUCUGGUGCUGCGCCUGCCCCUCCUGCCACAGCUGAGCUUAGUGUUCGUUCCCACUGGCAGACUCGUGACGCAGCUGCUCGCCUAGCCAUUCGCAGUCACCUGCCGUUAGCUGAGCUAGAGCAUUUUGGCGACUGCAAAUCCGCUAAGGCCCUGUACGACGCUGUCGUCGCUCGCUACUCCUCGCCUGCCACAGCCGAGCUUAGCCGCCUCAUGCUGCCGUACCUGUUCCCCGAUCUGUCCACCUUUACUACAGUCGCCGAUCUUAUCACCCACCUUCGCACUAGUGAUGCUCGCCUGCGUGCUGCCCUUCCCACCGAGUUCUGCGCUAAGAACCCCCCUCCACUCUCACAGUCGCCCUCCUAG